GCACACUCUAUCCAAGGCAACAUUGGUACAUAGGCACUUUGGCAUUCUACAAUACUUUGACAAACAACAAAUUAAAGUGAUCAAGUAAUAGGGUAAGCGUAAACUUGGCAAUGUUUCUUUAUAGAGGAAGUUCAAUUUCUUCUUUUUUCGUCUUCGCUCUCGCUAUUGUUGACGGUGCUCUAACGAGCUUGCCAUUGGCUAGUAGCUACGACGUCUACGAGCGUCCGGUGAUCGGUGUUCUUACUCAGGAGUUCAUUGGCGAUCGGUGGGACCAGCAACCAUAUAUUGCAGCUUCGUAUGUGAAAUUUGUGGAAUCAGGCGGCGCUCGUGUGGUGCCUAUAGACAUCAAUCGAAACGACUCCUACUAUCACAAUCUACUUGAUCAGCUAAAUGGCGUCCUUUUUCCUGGGGGAGAUGUCGAUGUCCACAACUCAGGCUACGGCCGCGCCGGCCAGUUGAUUUACGAUUAUGCCAAACAGCGUAACGAGGCAGGCGAUUAUUUUCCAUUGUGGGGCAUAUGCAAUGGCUUCGAGAUGCUGAUUUAUCUUAGCGUCGAUGACUACGUGUUAACGGCAUGUGAGUCGCACAAUCAGGCUAAACCCCUUCAUUUUCUUCCGGACACCUACAGAAGUCGACUAUUUGGUAAAAAUUUGCCCGGUGACGUUUUAAACUACCUGACACACAAAAACACCACUAUCAACUUUCAUCGAUGGUGUCUGACGCCACAGAACUUCAUUGGGUCUGGUGUGAAUAAAGUUUUCAAUCAGCUCGCCACGAACAAGGACAUUAACGGGAUCGAAUUUGUUUCGGCAUUAGAAGCAAAGGCCUAUCCUUUUUAUGGCGUCCAGUUUCAUCCCGAAAAGAAUCUAUUUGAGUGGACAACUAGGGCCAAUCACAAUAAUAUCCCUCACAGCGCGGAAGCCAUCCGAGUAGCUCAAUACUUUGCAGAGUUCUUCGUCAACGAGACUCGCAAAUCGAAGCAUCGCAUGAGAGAGGACUUUUUUGCCCGUGAAGCCAUCUACAACUACAAUCCCGAAUACACCCAGGAUCAGCUUAUAUUUACGCAGACCUACUUCUUUAAGUAAUUCAUGAAAUAAGCAAACUUGAAGUAAGCGUAUCGAUGAGCAGUCAAUAAUGCCUGGCGGAGCACAAGGAAUACGUAUUUCACGAUUGAAACAAAUGGAAUUAUUGUCGUUAAAGACCAUCUAGAAAUAGCUAUACGCUUCUUUGAAUACUGUCUGAUAUAGCUUAAAAGAUAAGUGUAACUGAUCGAUCUAUCAGAGAUCUAGAUUAGGAAUAUUCCCAACAAACUCGCAUUCGAAAUAAUGCUAUUUACGAGUUUGUCUAAAUUAUGAAAAAAAUUAUCUAAUAUUUUUUAAAUAUUCCAUGUUAUUAUAUUAUUAGUAUUGCUCGCUAUUGUGGGUACAUCACUGCGUUAAGUACAAUUAUGUGCUUGUUUGAAGUACAGACUCUAUCAUACGUCUAACGUUGACUAUAUCGAAGUUUUGGGCUGCUAUGAAAAAUUGUUCGUUGACAGCCUACUUAUUAGAGAAUAAUAUCUGAAUCAUUAAAUGUAUUGAUGAUGACCCAUGAGCUGAAAUGUUUUGUAUAGAUAUAAGUAUAGAAAUCUAAAUGUGAAUACAUUUAGUGUCUCUACGAUGGACCGGAUAGUUAUGAUUUGUUUACGUAAAAUAAACUAGAACCAAUUCCUGAUUUAUAUAGAUCAACGAUAUAAAUGUGUGUAGAUAUUGUUACAUAAAGACAAUUCGAUUAAUAGGACUAACCAGCACGACUGCGGGUUGAUAACAAAUCGUAAGAACACUCGUAUAAAAAACCAAGUUUCCUGAUGCUGAAAAUACGAUAGCUAUUGCUCUGAUGUGCCUUCAGCGUGACGGGAUGUUAUAAACGUUGUACUCAAAUCCUAGAAGCCAUGAGUGGAAUCAAUGCAAUGGAAAAAAAAACUAUGUAUCUAAACAUCGCAUGUACUGCUUAUGUGUAUUGGAUACGCCAGUCAACCUAACCCUACCUAUCGCUGAUAAUAAGCUAUCGUUCUAUAAUCGUCGUAUCAUUUCUAACGACACGAUAAAGAAAAAUGUUAAUAAACACCGAAGCAUGACGAA